AUGAAUUUAAACGUCCCAUUAAAAUUUAGAGAAGAGAUAAGUAAACCAAAAACAUGGACUCCAGAAGAAUUAUUAGAAAGACGCCGUAAAUGGUAUGGAGUAUGUGAAAGGUGUGAUAAGCCAAAUGUUGCCGCAGCUUGGUUAGGUGGAAAGUACAAGUUAAAAUUGGAACGUGAAGAACACACAACAGUAAAAAAAGUUGCACUUAAAUCUUUAGAAGGAUCAAAUGAUCUAUCCGAAAAAUAUUUAGAACAG